AUGGCUGGAAAGCAAAACGUUCAGGUGCGAAUUCUUCUGGGUCACACGGUCAAGAAAAGAGCGUUCCCCAGUUCGGAAGGCUACACCCACGACUGGACUGUGUUCGUUCGCGGAGAUGUGGAUGUCAAUCUAUCUUGCUUUGUGGAGAAAGUGAUAUUCACCAUUCAUCCGAGUUUUCCUAGACCGAAACGAGUUGUGAAAGAGCCUCCGUAUGAGUUGUCGGAGAGUGGCUACGCCGGGUUCCUGCUCAAGAUCGAGCUCGUUUUCAAGACCAGCCUCGAACCGAGAAGCGCCAAAUUCGACUUUGAUCUGUUCUUCAACAGCGACCCUUCGAUGGAUGCCAAUUCGAUCCGUCCCGAAAAGCUUACGUUUCAGAAACCGGGAGAGGACUUUAAACGAAAACUACUGCGAGGCGGGGGCGUUCUGAUUGGAGACGAUGAAGUGCAUCAACAGAGUCGAGGGCACGGAGAAGAAACAGCGACAACUCACGGUGGGAAACGAUCGCCGCAUGCCAAUGUUAUCGCAGCUGUCAAAUCUGGAUCGUUGGAAAACGGAAUUCCACGAAAUCCUUCCGAUUCCAAGCCCAGCAAAUCCAAAAUUCAUUCGGGGAAAGGUACGGGAAAGUCAACUUCUGGAAGUGAACCGACAGAGAAGUCAGAGAAGAAGAGCAAAAAAGAUGACAAGCCGAAGGAAAAGUCCUCGUCACAAACUUCUCUCAAGAAGCCGCGGGACACGUUCUCUUCUCUUUUCGGUGAACCCUUGCCGAAAUCCGCAAUGCAACCGAAAGAACCCACUAAACCCUUGGUGACCACGAAUCCCGAGAAGAAACCCGACACCGGUGACAAGCCGGUCACAUCGCCGAAUUCCUCGGAAAAACGCUCCAAGAGUAAGGACAAGGAGAAGAGCAGCAAGAAGCGGAAAGUUGAAAUCCAGUCGUCGUCGUCGGAGUCCAAGUCGAAGAAGCCUAAGGUGCACGAUGAGAAGAACAAGGAGAACAGCGACAAGAAAUCCCACAAAUCAAGCAGCAGUAGCGGCGGCAGCAGCAGCAAGUCCAAAGACAAAAAAGAUCGCGAGAAAAGCAAGCACAAAAAAUCUUCCAACGACAAGCGCGAGAAGAGCAAGGAGAAGAAGAAAUCUAAGCACGAAGCCCCAGAAGAAAAGUCCAAGAAGAAACACGAAAAGAAGGAUGAGGAAAAAUCCAAGAAGGAGCCGUCGAAGAAGGUGGAGGCCGUAACUGUGGAACAACCAGCAAAGGCAAAAUCUCCUCCGCCGGCUCCGAAAAAAGAAGAGAAACCUCCUGUCGCCCCGUCGUUUGCGAAGCCCGUGUCAUCGUCGAAAAAGAAGCGGAAGCCGUCGAUGUCGCCAGUGUCGCCUCUGAGUGACGCCACUGGGUCGUCGGACGCGGAACAGCUGAAAGCAAAGAGGAAACGCAGCAAAACCCCGACCACUCAGGAGAGUAAAAAGGAAGAGGCGACUAAGAAUCCGCUCAAAGCGCUUUUGGCCAACUUGUCACCGCAGACCGUCAAGUCUCGGAGCGAUUCUGACUCGGACUCGUCGACGUCGUCGUCUUCCACCAAUUCCAAAACGCCGCCACAACAAACAAGCGUCAAGAAACUUGCCGCUGAACAGAAGUUGAAAGAAGACGCGCAAAAGGCAGAAGCCGAAACCAAGGCUCGUUUGGAAGCUGAGGCGAAAGCGAAAGAAGAACGUUUAAAGGCUGAAGCCAAGGCGAAAGAGGAGCAGCGCCUGAAGGCGGAAGCCGCCAAGAGCAAGGAAGAACAGCGUCUUCGCCUGGAGGCCGAAGCUAAGGCGAAGGCGGCUGAGAUGGAAAAGGCGCUUCGAAUGGAGGCCGAAAAGGCCAAGCCGAGGAACCAGGACUCUGUCAUCAUGCCGCCGCCGCGACUUCCUGCAAAAAGUCACGAAGACCCGCCGGAAAUUCCUGCUCAACCUAUUCUUCCUCCUCCUCCUCCUCCUCCUCCUCCUCCUACUUCCGCUGCUGCUGCUUCAGCUGUAUCAGGUGGCCUUCCUCCUCUCGGCAGCAAAGAGCCGACGGAUCCGAAACUGGACAUUCCGCUGGUUGACCUGUCACACGACGACGAGGUUGAAGUGACAUCGCUGCGUUUCGGCGACAAGCGGUCGGGUAAAAAGCCGACGCCAUCCGUGCGGGCGACCCCGAUACAGCGGAAUGUCGACCGACCGGGUCCGUCGAGAAUGCUCCACCCUUACGACUACCUGCAGGGAUCUCCGCAAAAGACGCCGUUGUCGCAGGAAGUGCUGGACAAGGAUCGCGACCUAAUGGAGAAGCGACUGCAGUUGACGCCCAAUCAUCUGAACCGUCUUCUCGAAUUGCACGAGAUCAUUGGGAACGCGCAGAAGGACCACGACGUGGAUAUGAUGCAGAAAAUUGUGGACAUCGUCGAAGAGACUGGCAAGUACCAAGUGACGGAGGCUUCGUUGGACUUCAACCUCAUGUACUUGGACGUGUCUGUCAUUCAAAAGUUGUUCGACCUGUUCCACUCUCGGCCGCCCUCCGGCCUGAGUUUAAACGCCACCUGA